AUGGCCGCCGCCAUCGUUCACCAGAUUCCCACAGGGACCUUCGGUUCUCUCCAGAGUAUCGAUAACCCCGUCCAAGUCGAGACUUCGAACGCACCCAAACAGUCCCGUCAUGACGUUGAGACAUCCCUCAACUACUUCAAACCCAAUGAGGACGGCUCACCUCCUCACCCUACCUACGUUGAUCGCCCUGAGACUUACGACCGACCGUUCGAAUCUCACAAAGUCACCGUUGAAGACAUUUCAGGCCGGGAGGCUGAGUUCUCGCUCGAUUCCAACGGGUUCCAGAUUCAUCGACAUACAGCGCAAGAACGCGACUUCCUCGAUGAUGACCAGAUUAAGGCUUCAUACUAUCUCGAAACGGAGCAGCUCCUCAAGGAUGUAUCUUUAUCUUCGACCACACCAUCCGCCGUCAGGCCCCUGACGCAGAGCCGAAAGGUCGAACGCUCGAGGCCCGUCCAGCGCGUCCACAUUGACCAGUCGUAUGCGGCAGUCUCUGAUGUCGCUUCUGUUGCAAAGGUCCGCAGCGCGCUUACAACGAAAGUGGGUAUCGACCGGGGAGGUGCCCAGGAACCAUCCCGUCAUUCUGCCGUUCCAUGA